UUUCUUUCGGUCAGUGUGGAAAGACGGGGGGGCAUAGAUGGGCUCGCCGCCCUUGUGAUAUCCCUCUCUCUCUAUUUCAUGGCCUUGGGGCCCCUCCGCUCCAUAUCCCACCGACUCCUCCUCCUCCCCCGCACCGCGUCUCUCCCUCUCUCUCCUUUUCCCUUCCCCUCUCUCCGCCUCGCCGCUCUGCGGCGGAUCUCCUGCGGCCCAUCGCUCGCCGGCGCCGAGAGCACCAGCCGCGUCCUCCCCGCCGCCGUCCCCCGGCUGGAAACCCUGGCGCACAAGAUUGGGAAAUCAAUCCGCCGCCCCGGAGCCGCCUCCAAGGCCCGGGCCUACGCCGACGUCAACGUCCACCGCCCCGGAGAGUACUGGGACUACGAGUCCCUCACCGUCCAAUGGGGGGAACAGGAUGAUUAUGAGGUGGUUCGGAAGGUCGGGAGGGGCAAGUACAGCGAGGUCUUCGAGGGAGUUCAUUGCACGAACAAUGACAAAUGCAUCAUCAAGAUCCUAAAGCCGGUGAAGAAGAAAAAGAUUAAGAGAGAAAUAAAGAUAUUGCAGAACCUAUGUGGCGGCCCAAACAUUGUAAAAUUACUUGAUAUUGUCAGAGAUCAGCAAUCAAAGACACCCAGUCUAAUCUUUGAAUAUGUCAAUAAUACAGACUUCAAAGUGCUCUAUCCAACUCUAACAGAUUAUGAUAUCCGAUACUACAUUUAUGAACUAUUAAAGGCACUGGAUUACUGUCACUCGCAAGGCAUCAUGCAUCGAGAUGUGAAACCUCACAAUGUCAUGAUUGACCAUGAGCAGCGCAAACUUCGUCUAAUUGACUGGGGCCUUGCAGAGUUCUAUCAUCCAGGGAAAGAGUACAAUGUCCGAGUUGCUUCAAGAUACUUCAAGGGGCCCGAGCUCCUAGUUGAUCUGCAAGAUUAUGAUUAUUCUUUGGAUAUAUGGAGCCUUGGUUGUAUGUUUGCUGGGAUGAUAUUCCGCAAGGAGCCAUUCUUUUAUGGGCACGAUAAUUAUGAUCAACUGGUAAAAAUAGCUAAGGUGCUUGGAACAGAUGAGUUGAAUGCAUAUCUCAACAAAUAUCGUAUAGAGCUCGAUCCACACCUUGAGGCACUUGUUGGGAGGCAUAGCAGGAAACCGUGGUCAAAGUUCAUUAAUGUUGAUAAUCAGCAUCUGGCAGUUCCCGAGGCUGUCGACUUUGUGGACAAGCUGCUUCGGUAUGAUCACCAAGAGAGGCCAACUGCAAAAGAAGCUAUGGCUCAUCCAUACUUUAAUCCUGUGAGGAAUGCAGAGAGUAGCAGGACUUAAGACUCAAUAGCUUGAAUUAUGCGCGUCCUUGAUGAGAUGAAUCCAUGUACUCGUUUUUUGUGUUAUAAAUCCAUUCUGUCCUAUUUGUUGUUGACGUCUCUAUUAUCCAUGGGUCCUGGUGUUGCAGUUGUUAGUCAUAAAUUUGUAUUUUAAAUUUUAGAAAGUCCAUUCUCACUUUAGAAUGCCCAUUCUCAGUAAUUGGUCAUCGUUUGUUUUAUUUGAUCCGUCAUUUUCUCCAACUAUUGGUUUAGAUGUCUUAUCAUCAUGUCAUCCGAUAAAAUUAACUCAUAAAUUCAACGUGCCCUUCAAAUGUUUUAUAAAGUUUCUAUCUGCCAGCUGAA